AUCGCGAUAUGCUUAUCUUUCGUAUUUUCCGGGAGUACCGUAGUCCUCAGAACAUCGGCAACAUGUUACUUAUAUUGCGGAUGCGAAUGAGUUCUCUCUUCUUCUCGCAAAAUUCAGUUGAAGAAUGUCCUAUUCGACAAUUCGCUAUUCGCUCGUCGAUGUUGCGAAAUGCAACGGCAAAAACGGAGCGAGAACCUGGAUCGUCAUCCAUGACAACAUUUACGAUGUAACGGAUUAUAUGCAACAGCAUCCUGGUGGUCCAGAAUUAAUCGACGAAUACGCAGGAAAAGACGCGACGAGUGGAUUUGAUGAAUUCGGACAUUCUUCAGAUGCAACAAAGAUGCUUAAAAAGUAUUUGGUCGGUGAACUUGAAGAUGAAGAUAAAAGAGUUAACAGAAUGAAGAAGCGCGCUGCUAACGGAAUAAAAAUGAAAGGAGCGGAUAAGCAAAAACAAAGGCCUUUCUUAAGGUUGAUCUGCGGCAAAUGUACAUGUUAAAGGACGCGUUGUAAAUAUCAAUUGCAUAAAUUAUUUUAAAUAUAUAAUUGUAUUUAUCACAUGUCAUUUAUGUUACAUUCGCUAUCUAAAUACAGCGUUUAUGACGUGUAUGUUGUAUUACCGAUAAGAAUCAUUAAAAUUAAAAACCUUAUCGCUUGUACGUGACAUUGCGGGCGUAUAAGAAUGAACAAGGAAAACCGAUAGAGCUAAUUACAUCCAUCAAUACGAGUCAUCUACUUAUCGCAUUCAUGAAUACUGUACAGUCAAUUUUUUACUCAACGGAAUUUCCAUUGUUACAAAUAAUCUAAUCUUAUUGAGAAGUUUUGUGAUUUAAAAACUUACUUUUUAAGUUA